AUGCUAAUACUGAAUAAGACAGCAGGAGUUUUUUCUAAACCAUCAAGAAGGAAAACUGAUGAAUUUUUAAGAAGUUUUAAUUUUCAUCCUGGAAAACUGUUUCUUCAUAAACUAGUAUUGGGAAUUGAAACCAGUUGUGAUGAUACAGCAGCUGCCGUGGUGGAUGAAACUGGAAAUGUUUUGGGAGAAGCAAUACACUCCCAAACUGAAGUUCAUUUAAAAACAGGUGGGAUUGUUCCUCCAGUAGCUCAGCAACUUCACAGAGAAAAUAUUCGACGAAUAGUGCAAGAAGCUCUCUCUGCCAGUAAAGUCUCUCCAAGUGAACUCUCAGCAAUCACAACUACUGUAAAACCAGGACUUGCUUUAAGCUUGGGAGUAGGCUUAUCAUUUAACUUAAAACUAGUAGACCAGUUAAAAAAACCUUUCAUUCUCAUUCAUCAUAUGGAGGCUCAUGCACUUACUAUUAGGUUGUUAAAUAAAGUAGGAUUUCCCUUUUUAGUUCUUUUGAUUUCUGGAGGUCAUUGUCUAUUGGCAUUAGUUAGAGGAGUUUCAGAUUUUCUGCUUCUGGGGAAGUCUUUGGACAUAGCACCAGGUGACAUGCUUGACAAGGUAAUUAUUUAA